AUGGAAGAAGAAAGAAUAGUGAUGUAUCCAGCACCAGGCAUAAGCCACAUUGUAGCCAUGGUUGAACUUGCCAAGCUCCUCCAAACGCACCGUUUCAACCUCACCAUCCUUCUCACCACCGGUUUCCUCGACCACCCCUCCGUCCACACCUACAUCCGCCGCAUCUCCGCCGACCAUCCCUCCAUCUCCUUCCUCCGCCUCCCCCACGCCGCGCCCUCCACCGCCACCACCAGCUUCGCCGCCAAAGCUUUCACCUUUAUCAAUAGAAACUUCUCCAAUGUAGCCACAACCCUCUCCCAAAUCUCUAACACCGCCACCGUCAAAGCCUUCGUAACCGAUCUCUUUUGCUCCUCCGUCGUGGAAGCAGCUUCUUCCCUGAGAAUCCCCGUCUUCUACUUCUUCGCUUCCGGCGUGUCAAGUCUCGCGAUUCUCUCGUACCUUCCGAAACUCCACGAGGAGACCAGCGCGUCGUUUAAGGAUUUGGUAGGGGUGGAACUGCGCGUGCCGGGGAACGCGCCCCAGAAGGCUGUGUACAUGCCUCAACCCGUGUUGGACAGGGAGGACCCUGCAUACCGGGAGAUGUUGGACAUCAGCACGCGCCUCUCUGAAGCGAGCGGGGUUCUGGUGAACACGUUUCCAGAGCUUGAGGCUAUGGCGGUUAAGGCCUUCUUAGACGGCGCGUGCGUUCCACACUCCCAUCUUGCGCCUCCGCUUUACUGUAUCGGACCACUCAUCGCUGAAGCGCAACUAUCAGGUCCAUUAUUUUCCAUCGAAAUAAUUACUCAGACUUUUUCAAGUGCCAUACAAAAUAUUCUUCCUUACUGA